UUUAUAUUGUUGUUUUCUCUUAAAUUAAAGGAAUUUGUAUUUGUAAAAGUAAAUUAAAAUGAUCGAUGAAGACAAUAAGACACUUUGGUGCGGUAAUUUACCAGAACAAGCGACAGAAGAACUACUUUAUGAGCUGUUUCUACAGGCGGGACCAUUGGAAAAAGUGAGGAUACCAAGAGAUAGAGAUGGUCGUCAGAAGAAUUUCGCAUUUAUAACCUAUUGUCACGAAGUGUCUGUGCCCUACGCUAUGAAUUUAUUUCGCGGAACCGCGUUGUUUCAUAGAACUCUGUCGCUACAAUGUCGAGGACGAAUGGCACUGCUGCCGCCGCCCAUACGUUGUUAUGGGCCUGAUCUAUCCCUAGACCUUGUUUCUCAGGGCAAUGUCAUACAACAAUUUGCUGAAAUGACUGAUAAAUUACGGGAAGAAGAACUCAGAAACGUAUAUGCUCCUAGACACGUCCAUGAUUUAAAUGACAAGUUAGUACAAGCUAGUCUGCAGGGCAACUGGAGUCACAGGCACCACCCAUACAGGCCAGACAAGAACCAUGCACGGGGAAACAGAGACAACCACGGUGACAGAAAUAGAGACAAUCACAGUGACAACUACCAUGGCAACAGUCGCAACAAUUAUGGCAAUAAUAACUGGAGGGACAGAAGGAAUCAAAAGAAAGGCAAUUACCAUAGGAGAGAGUGAUUAUAAUGUAUUUACCUUUAAUUCUUGAUGAACAGAUAGUAUUUAUACAUUU